AUGGACUCUGACGCCUUCAACUCCUACUGUAUCACCUGUGAUCAGUUAUGCAGUGAAAACACCGUUUACUGUUCACAAGCUUGCAAAGAGCAAGAUGAGCAGCAGUCUAGUUCGAUUCUUCAGUCUGUCAACGCUGAUAUUGCAUCGCCCUUGCUCACACCUUCAUUGUACCAGCAAAAUCAAUAUUUUCCUCUGGCUGAAUCCAUCGGGUCUCCUUUGCUACUACCCACCAGCCUCCGCAGCGAAGCCAACAUGGCUGAUUUUUCUUUGAACUACUCCAUUAGCCAGCCCUUGUCCCAAAACAAGGUCAUAUCCUCCACCUCCCAGAACUACCGCUUGUGGUUGAGCGGCAUGUGA